GGCCUAUUAUAAAGAACAAAAAUAAACAGUCUUUACAAAGCCAGGUCCAAAAGUGACCUGGUCCAAACAAAAUCAGAUAAAAAAAGUUAAAGACAAAUAAAAGUAAAAGGCAAAAAAAUCUAAUGCUAAAAAGGGUAAGUGCAGAGACUCCUAAGUCUCUGGAAAGAAACUCAACCAAAGCUCGACUUCACUCCACCAUUUCCAUGGCUGAGCUCAGUCCAAGACCUCUAUUGAGGAUUUCUUUCUUCCCAAAAGCCGAUCCAUUGUGCUGCUGCUUAAUUGAUGAAAAUUCAUUCAAACUUUAGCUCCCGAUCAGCUUCAUACUCCAUUUGCAAAUGUACAUCUUCCCUACAGGUGUAUGCUAUAGUACCAAAAUAUUUUGAUUGUGUCAAUGCGAAGCCUAGCUAUAUCAGACUUGAUUUGUUAUCGGAGGUACACCCGAAUAUUCUCACAGAACCUGAACCUCGGUUGAAAUUUUUGAAGAGUUGCCUGGGAUAUGAAAAGCUAAACGGGUUCUUUUGCCAAAGGCCUUUUAUUUUGAGAUUCCAUUUUGUAGUAUUUUUGUUCAUUGAUAGGUCUGUAAUAAUUAUUGCAUAAACAUGGCUAUAUAAUAAAGAAUUGGGGCUGCUGGGAAAGGGCAUUAGUUGCUACUUGCUUCACUUUCUCAUGUUAUAAGGCUGCUUGUCGGAUCUGUUUGAUAAUGACCUGUCACAUAGCAUUAACACCGA